AUAUUUACUUCCACAGUUCGACCGUAAUGACUUCAAGUUGUUGCAUUGAGUUGUUUUAAAACUUCGAAUCCUCAACCGAAAAAACAGGCGGCGGCAUUUCAGAGGCAAAAGAGAGGGCGCUCCCCGGUGAAGACGAACGGCCCUCCGACGACUGCUGGACUCUGUCACUUCUUAUGAUGUUAUCUAAGGUUGAAACUCGGAAGAAGAAUGGUGGAGAUUCAGGAAGUGGGAAGCUGUUGACUGAAAUUGAAGCUAUUAGUAAAGCUCUUUACUUGGACAGAAACCCUUCAAGGUCUUCGAGUUCUACAUCUACCAGUCGGUCAAGAUCAGCCUUGAAAUCGAGUCUUCCUGAACCAAAAUCCAAGGUUAAGAAUGGUAAUGAAGAUCCAUCACAGAAAGGCAAGAAGUCCUUUUGGAAUUGGAAGCCAUUGAAAGCCCUUUCACAUGUUAGAAACCGUAGGUUCAAUUGUUGUUUCUCUCUUCAAGUCAACAACAUUGAUGGCUUGCCCCCAAGUUUCAAUAAUACUAGUUUUUGUGUGCACUGGAAGAGGAGAGAUGGAGAUCUUGUGACACGUCUUGCAAAAGUUUUUGAUGGAAUGGCAGAAUUUGAAGAGAAGUUGACCUACACAUGUUCAGUGUAUGGGAGUCGAAGUGGACCUCACCAUUCAGCAAAGUAUGAGGCAAAGCAUUUCCUCCUCUAUGCUUCUGUCUUUGAAGCCCCAGAACUUGAUUUGGGAAAGCAUCGAGUUGACCUCACAAGGUUGCUGCCAAUUACAUUGGAGGAACUGGAUGAAGAGAAGAGCUCAGGGGAGUGGAUGACGAGUUUUAAGUUAUCAGGACAGGCUAAGGGUGCAACCAUGAAUGUUAGUUUUGGGUAUUCAAUAGUUGGGGAUAAUCCUAUUCCACCUCGGGAUAAUCAAAAUGUUGCCAAGGUUUUGCAUAUAAAGCAGAAUAAUUUAAGUUAUGAAAAACCAGUUACUAGAGUUGUUGGUGGUGAUGGAAAGGGCAGAAUGAGGCGUGUUGAGAGUCUUCCCAAUGUGGUCAAGGGCCAGACUCAUUUUGCAUCCCAUUCCAUAGAUGAAAUAAAAGAUCUUCACGAGGUCUUACCAAUGUCAAGGUCAGGACUAGCUGGUUCAGUAAAUAUGCUAUAUCGGAAAUUUAUUGAAGAGAAGUUGGAUGCUCCAGUUGAUUAUAAGCCUGAACAAGAUGUGUUUACUGAAAAAGUUGAGCCCAUAAAACCUCAACCACAUCCUAUGUCUGAUGAAUCAGAUAAAGAAAUUAUUGAAAAUGAUGUUCAAGAUAAUGAGUUUUCUGCUGUUGAACAAGGGAUAGAGUUAUCAUCAGAAGAACUAGCUAAGUCAGAGGAUGUCAUCAUAAUGGCUUCUGAUGCACCUAUGGUGGAGAGCCAUCAAGUUGUUAAAGUUGAUUUUGGUGCCGGAGCAGAUUCUGAAGAAAACAAUCAGCUUCCCACAAAUCAUGAGAGUGGUAGUCAUGAAGCUGUUGUGCAGUCCCAAGAGGAUGAUCAGUGCUCAAAAGAAUUAAUACUGAAAGAACUGGAGUUAGCUUUAAAUAAUGCUUCAAAUUUGGGAACAGGGUUGGAUUCCCCUGAAGACCAAGAUGACAUGGAGUUCCCUCAUAGUAUGGGGAGGUCAAAUAGCUUGGAUGAUAUUACUGAAUCUGUGGCAAAUGAGUUCUUAGCCAUGCUUGAUAUUGAGCAUAGUCCAUUUGGCUUGAGUUCUGAAAGUGAGCCUGAGUCUCCAAGAGAGCGCUUGCUAAGGCAAUUUGAGAAGGAUGCCGUAGCUAGUGGGAGUUCUUUGUUUGAUUUUGACCCGACUGACAAUGAACAACCAGAAUGUAGCUAUGACAAUCCAACUGUAUCUGAUUGGGGAAACUUGGCUGAGGAUUUUGACCUGUCAUCAUUUAUUGCAGCUGCUGAAGAAGAGCACCAGAUGCCAACUCAUGCAAGGAGCAAAACAAGUGCUAAAAUUUUGGAAGACUUGGAAGCAGAAGCAUUAAUGAGUGAGUGGGGGUUGAAUGAGAAGGCUUUUCAGGGUUCUUCACCUCACAAUUCUGGUGGGUUUGGGAGUCCAAUUGAUUUGCCUCCUGAAGAUCCCUUUGAGUUGCCUUCUCUUGGAGAAGGUUUAGGUUCAUUCAUUCAGACAAAAGAUGGAGGUUUUUUGCGGUCUAUGAACCCCACAAUUUUCAAGAACAAUAAAAGUGGGGGGAGCUUGAUCAUGCAGGCUUCUAAUCCAGUUGUAGUACCUGCAGAAAUGGGUUCUGGUGUAAUGGAGAUACUGCAGCAACUGGCCUCUCUUGGAAUUGAAAAACUUUCCAUGCAGGCAAAUAAGCUGAUGCCUCUAGAAGACAUAACUGGGAAGACAAUGCAACAAGUAGCAUGGGAAGCUGCUCCUACUCUGGAGGAGCCUCAGAGACAUUUUUUGUUACAUCAUGAAUCAGAUCUUGGGCAAGAUAUAACUGGUGGGCAAAAGGAAGUUAGAAGCAAAUCAUCUGGAUCCCGGACUAAUAAGUUUAAUUCAACCUCUGCCAACGAGAUGGCCUCAGAGUAUGUAUCCCUCGAAGAUCUUGCUCCCUUGGCUAUGGAUAAGAUUGAAGCACUAUCCAUGGAAGGCUUGAGAAUACAAUCUGGCAUGUCAGAUGAGGAUGCACCUUCAAAUAUCAAUGCACAGUCUAUUGGGGAAAUUUCGGCCCUCCAGGGCAAGGGUGUUGGCAUUAGUGGGUCACUUGGUUUGGAGGGAGCUGCUGGAUUGCAAUUGUUAGACAUAAAAGACAGUGUUGGUGAUGAUGAUGGAUUAAUGGGUCUAUCUCUAACUCUUGAUGAAUGGAUGAGGCUUGAUUCUGGUGAAAUUGAUGAUGAAGAUCAGAUAAGUGAGCAGACUUCGAAAAUUCUUGCUGCCCAUCAUGCUUCCUCCUUGCACACAAUUCGUGGAGGGUCAAAGGGAGAGAAAAAACGGGGUAGAAAGUGUGGUUUGUUAGGAAAUAACUUUACAGUGGCACUGAUGGUGCAACUUAGGGAUCCUUUAAGAAACCAUGAGCCAGUUGGUGCACCAAUGCUUGCUCUUAUUCAAGUCGAGAGAGUUUUUGUCCCACCAAAGCCAAGAAUAUAUUGCAAAGUUUCCGAGUUGAGGAGUAAUAGUGAGGACAAUGAUAUGCCUGAGACAGCUGUGAAAGAAGAUGAAAAGGAGGAGAUGAAGGAAGAAAAGGCUUCCCAAGAGGAAGGGAUUCCUCAAUUUAGAAUCACUGAAGUACAUCUGGCUGGUCUGAAGCCUGAGCCUGGCAAGAAGAAACUUUGGGGUAGCAAAAACCAGCAACAAUCUGGUUCUCGUUGGUUACUUGCUAAUGGAAUGGGAAAGAGCAAUAAGCAUCCAUUAAUGAAGUCAAAAGCUGCCCCUAAAUCUUCAGAUUCCUUAACAACAAAGGUUCAACCAGAUGACACUUUGUGGAGCAUCUCAUCUCGUGCACAUGGUGCUGGGCCUAAAUGGAAAGACUUGGCAGCACUCAACCCACACAUACGAAAUCCUAAUGUUGUUUUCCCCAAUGAAAACAUCAGAUUGCAAUGAGUUCAGGCAUGCACUUUUACUCAGGUUCUCAUUCUCUAAGUCAAAAACUGCGAUUUGAAUGCUUCUUCACCUUAGCGAUGAUGAUCAUCCAGAUCAGACAAGUGUGUACGCCUUCUAUUGCAGCAGCUGGUCUUUGUGUAGAGAAGUUCAAAAGCUUCAUGUCUGCUAGUUUGAUGAAAUAUAGGAAUGAAAAUAUGGAAUAUUUGUUACCCAGUACCAUUGCUGCAUUAGUCAAGGAAGAUGCUAGCUCCUUUUAUUUUAUUUUAUUUUAUUUUAAUUUGUAAUUUUUUUACUUGAAGCUUCCUUUUUUAUUUUAGUACUCACUUUUUUUUUUUA